CUAUGGGUUUUCUUUUUGAUUGAUGUGAUCGUUUUUAAUUUUACAAGGUGUAUUUUUGUGUAAAAAGUGUGAUUAAAGUUAUUUUGUGAUUAGAAAAAACAUAUUCACUCUGAAUAUCUUGCUCUCGUUAAAUGUUGCUCAUGCAUAAUUAAAUAAAAGACGAACGACCUUUCAGUAAUCAUACGUACAUCUAUAAACAAACAGCUGUAAGCUGUGCUUGUGUGCAUGCACUUGUUGCACCUACUUUCAAAAACUUAGGAAUUCACCCGUUUUGUGAGAAAGUGAACUUGAUAUUUUAUUUACAAGCUGGUCCAUAGAAAUUAGUAUUCACAUUUACCGUUACUGUUGACGUUAGGACGUGGGAAAUGCUUGUUGUUUUCAUUUACGUUAAAGUUCGUUACAAUGCACCUGCACUGCAGAUAACUGCAACGGGUUGAACUCGCCGAGAUUAUGACACGGUCCGACGGAAGACGAAUCGCAAUCCAGUUAGUUGUUACGUGGAAUCUAUUAUUGCAGUGCAGGUAGAAAACACGACCCGACAAGUGAAGAGUCGACAGACCUCAAAAUGACUCAUACGUGGUCACUGGCAUGCAGUUAUUGUUUUGUUUUCGUGAAUUCCUCGGCGAUGACAGUGUUAGAAAAAGAAAAAAAGUGUUAUCUGUGAUUUUAUGAAUAUGUUCUAUUUUUGAAAAUUUAAAACUUUUUGUGGAGUGUUGGAACAUUACCUAUUAUUUUUUGAUGAAAAUGGCCCAAAAUUCGAUGGAUUCUGAUAGACUUUCGUCUGCUGGAAUUUCAACACAUAGCUCAGGAACUGCUGGGACGGUUGGUGGUUCAGUGGUGGGUGUGAGAGUGGGUGAUCCUGGUCUCAAAAGGGAUGAUGAAGAUGAAUACAACCUUGGGCCACUGCCCCCUAUGUGGGAGAAGGCUUUUACUCCAACUGGGGAGGUCUACUUUAUCGACCACAACACUGGGACGUCCCACUGGCUAGACCCUCGUCUGGCAAGAGUACGGAAACACUCUCUCGGAGAGUGCGGUGAGGAUGAACUGCCUUAUGGCUGGGAACGAGUGACGGACGAACGAUAUGGGUCAUAUUAUGUAGACCACAUAAACCGAAGAACUCAGUACGAGAACCCUGUAUUGCAGGCUAGACUGAGAGCCAAGAACGCAGCGGAGAACAAUGCCAAUAACAAGCCCAAUGGAGGAACGCCCACUGGGGAACUCAGAGGCGAGAGGUUCACUCUCUCACUCACUAAAGGCACUCAGGGUUUGGGCUUCACUCUCAUCGGCGCUGAAGGCAUUCCAGAAACAGAAGGCUACCUCCAGAUACGCAGUAUUGUGCCCCACAGUCCAGCUUGGAUAGAUGGAGCUCUCCGUCCCGGCGAUGUAGUGGUAGGCGUCAACAACCGAGCCGUCCGUGGAUUAUCGCACGCGCACGUCGCACAGAUAUUCCAGUCCAUAGCUCCAGGGUCUGACGUCACGCUACAUCUUGUUAGGGGUUACCCGCUAUCGUUCGACUCCGAAGACCCAAACACUCGAGUUCUAAGCACUCUGGCGGUGGAUGCCACCACUCCUGCCACCUCCGAUGCGGUCGCUAUGCAGCAGUUAACCAGAGCCCUGAGGACCAGAUUCAACCUGGACUCUCCCAACCACGUAGACCCGACCCAGGGUCGAGACGAGACGGACAACUCUCCAGUGACGCCUCACAGUCCCACCCAGCGGCGUCUGAUGUCCCGGUCCUUUGACCUGGAUGCUCAGGGACCGCGGCCUUUCUUAGACGAGAGCGAGGGACCACCUGUGCCCCGCUGUCCCUCUGCUGACCAUUUACUGUCGCUGGCUACUGAGCACCAACCUCGCGGGCUCGGCAGCGAAGCGGGUCGUGAAUUACUACUGACGCUGCGGCGCGGCGCGGCGGGCUUCGGCUUCACCAUCGCCGACAGCGUGCAUGGGCAGAAGGUCAAGAAGGUAUUAGAUCGCAGCAGAUGCGCAGGAUUGCGCGAAGGCGACCUCUUGCUACAAAUAGGCGACACAGACGUCAGACACUCGCCGCACCAACACGUGGUCCAAGUGCUGAAGGAAUGCCCGGCGAUGCACGAGACUACCCUCCGAGUGUGGCGCCGUAAUACCGCGCGCGCGCCGCGCAGCCGCUCGGCCACUAGGCUUCAACCUGCAGCCGCUCCCGCCAGCCAGCUCGGCCGCAGCAAGACGCCCACGGCCGAGCAGCUUCGGGCGCCGCUGCACGCGCCGCGCGAUCUCAACAGCAACGUCAACGCCUUGGACGAGAUGAACUCAGUGGACGCUACAUACGCAGUGCCUGACCACAAAGGGCGUGAACGGGAGAGCCUGAUCGACCGGCGCCGCCGGAGUUCUACUCCCGGCGGUCGUUUGACACUACCCGGCGUCGCGCCCUGGAGCGAACCACAGGAAAAUCAAUGGCAAGAACGCGAAACCUGGGUGGACAACUCCAACAUCAGAAACUGGGCGGAAAGCGCCCAGAAAUGGGGCGAGGGCGGCAACGGCAACGGCUGGGCGCCUACCGAAGGCGGCAACGGCAACUGGGCGCCUACCGAAGGCGGCAACGGCAACUGGGCGCCUGCCGAAGGCGGCAACGGCAACUGGGCGAACGGCGAGCAGUGGCCCGGCAACUGGGCGGAAGUGCCGACGCCCACGGUGCAUGUUGAUAUGAACGCUGCUUACUGGAGAGGCAACGCCAGUGUGGCGGAUAGCAGCGACAAUGGAGGUUUCCCAGAAGACGGCAUGCUCCACUCGCCUACCACCGCAGCAAUAGGCGGGCUGUCCGCCCAUAGACAAUCUCCUUCCACCAGCAGAAUGAGGCCGCACUCGCCGUCUAACUCCACAGGUCGCCUUCGAAGCCAUUCGCCAUCCAACACCAGCGCUACCGAUCAUCUACUGGCUGGCUCGCCGUCAGGCCGGCUGCAGAGCCGGUCGCCUUCCAACAACUCCUGCGGCCGCAUCAAGGGCGAGCCGCUGAGGUUGGGCGAGUCAUCCCCAGGCCGACGCAUGCACUCGCCGGUUUCUCGGCGGUCGCCAUCUUGCUACGACAACGACGCCAUGCCGCAUCCCAGCACUGUAUACGUGGCCAACUACCCACAGGUGGAAGCAGGCGGCGCUAUGGACCCCGAGGCAGACGUGGUGGUGCGUCUAGCGCGUGGAGGCGCCGGCUUCGGCUUCCGCAUCGUAGGCGGAACUGAGGACGGCAGCCGCGUCGCCGUGGGAUACGUCGUGCCUGGUGGGCCAGCGGACGGCCUAUUGCGGCCAGGAGACCUGCUAACAUCAGUGGACGGCAUCCCGCUAGGUGGCGCCACCCACGCGCGUGCCGUGGCCUAUGUAUGCCAGGCGGCUUCCAGGGGACACGUCAUGCUAGGAGUGCGGCACAACCGGGCCGAUAUCCAGCCGCUCGGGCUGCCCGCGCCCGCGCCGCACCCUCACCAACCGCUGCUAGCCGCGGAACCGCCAAUGCACCACAUGCCGCCGGCUUCCUACAACAUCCUGCACCCUGCACCCAUGUAUCCGCCAGCCGUACCUAUGUACGGCAGCGGUCAGUUCGAGGGCGGCGCGGGCUGGGCGGGCGCGCCCUAUGACGUCACCGUGACCCGAAGUGAGGGCGAGGGCUUCGGCUUCGUCGUCAUAUCGUCCACCAACAAGGCUACUAGUACUAUAGGUCAACUGAUCCCCAACUCGCCCGCCUCCCGCUGCGGUCUCCUCCACGUGGGCGAUACCAUAGUGGCCAUCAACCACGUGGCCAUCCGCAACCUACCGCAUCCAGAGGUGGUGGCGCUGAUCAAGCACUCGGGGCCGGCCGUCACUCUCACGGUUCUACCGCCGCGCGCUCGUCAGGACUGAUACUGGUUCGCCGCCCGCGGCGGGAGGCGGUACGUCAUGGUCGUCAAGUGCUUCGUGGCCGAGGAGUUUUAGUGAUGACAGUGACGUGGCCGAGGAGUGACAGUGAUGACAGUGACGUGGCUGAGGAGUUUUAGUGGUGUGACAGUGAUAUAGUGAUAACUGGAAGAUUUUGAAGUGACUUUGGUGGAAUUCAUUGGGGAGGUCACUCUGUGGGCCGUAAUAUUCCAGACCUGUAGGCCUAGGAUGAGCGCCAUUUUAUCGAUUUUAUGCGAUAGGACCAUGCACUUAUCGUCUAAAAAUCAUCAAUAAGAUUUAUCAAGGCGCGCGACCAAAAGAAAAUUGGGGUGAAACGACGAUUGAUAGCAGAGUUUAUAUUAGUAUGAUACCAUUUUUAGUCAAUUAGUAUCAUGACUGUUCUUUAACUUAUGUAGGAACACACUGGGCCUUACCUCAAAAAGUUCGUUCUCCAUAGUAAAACACGGAAGACCCGUGACCUACCUGAUACCUCACUAGUAAAUUUCCAUAGAUGGCCCGUAACCGUAACCUAUCUGAUACUUCACUAGUAAAUUUCCAAGGAUGGCCCGUAACCGUAACCUAUCUGAUACCUCACUAGUAAAUUUCCAAGGAUGGCCCGUAACCGUAACCUAUCUGAUACCUCACUAGUAAAUUUCCAAGGAUGGCCCGUGACCUACCUAAUACCUCACUCAGUGGUGGCCCUGAUCAAGCACUCGGGGCCGGCCGUCACGCUCACGGUUCUCCCGCCGCGCGCUCGUCAGGACUGAUACUGGUUCGCCGCCCGCGAACGUCAUGGUUGUCAAGUGCUUCGUGGCUGAAGAGUUUUAGUGGCGUGACAGUGAUAUAGUGAUAACUGGAUAAAGUCCAACGAUUCUGAAACGUCAAGUGGUAAAAAUCGUAAGAAAUAACGUGGAAACACAAUAUAGAGGAAAAGAUGAAGAAAUCAGUGUUGACGGUAGCGCUCCUGUAA